ACACUGAGGAUGCCAGUGAGACUGACUUGGCAAAACAUGAGGAAGAGGACUUUGUAGAAAUGAAAGAACAGAUGUACCAGGACAAGCUGGCCUCUCUGAAGAGGCAGCUGCAGCAGCUGCAGGAAGGUACUCUUCAGGAAUACCAAAAAAGAAUGAAGAAGCUGGACCAGCAGUACAAAGAGAGGAUACGAAAUGCAGAACUGUUCCUCCAGCUGGAAACAGAUCAGGUGGAAAAAAAUUAUGUCAAGGAAAAGAAGGCAGCAGCAAAAGAGUUUGAAGAUAAGAAAAUUGAACUUAAGGAAAAUUUGAUUGCGGAGUUGGAAGAGAAAAAGAAGAUGAUUGAGAAUGAAAAGCUAACCAUGGAAUUAACAGGAGAUUCAAUGGAAGUGAAGCCCAUUAUGACAAGGAAACUGAGGCGACGACCAAAUGAUCCAGUUCCAAUCCCAGACAAGAGGAGGAAACCUGCCCCUGCUCAGCUCAAUUAUUUGUUGACUGAUGAACAAAUAAUGGAGGACCUGAGGACACUGAAUAAGCUCAAAUCACCCAAGAGACCAGCCUCUCCCUCCUCUCCUGAACACCUCCCAGCUACACCAGCAGAGUCUCCAGCACAGCGGUUUGAAGCCCGGAUAGAAGAUGGGAAACUCUACUAUGAUAAAAGAUGGUACCACAAGAGUCAGGCUAUUUACCUGGAGUCCAAAGAGAACACUAAGAUCAGCUGUGUGAUCAGUUCUGUGGGUGCCAACGAGAUCUGGGUGAGGAAGACCAGUGACAGCACAAAGAUGAGAAUCUACCUGGGCCAGCUGCAGCGAGGUGUGUUUGUCAUUCGCCGACGAUCAGCUGCAUGACUGGAUGAUCUUCCUGGGUCUUUGGGGUUUUUUUAAACCAAUAGACAAACCUCUAACAGGGAAUGGCAGAGUCUGUUCACUCACCUUAGCAGCAGACAACACUGCCAUGACUUCUUCUGAAACAGUUUGUGGCUGGCCACAUAAUCCCCAGUAGUCCUUAAACCUUUAGUGAUACCCAAGCACUGCCCUGGACUGUUUCUGGAUUUUGCAUCAAGCUUCUGUAUGCUUUCUUUGUAUUUUGGGUGA